AUGCGCUGGGAUGUUAUCAUCUUAUACGCAAUUAGCCGCCCAUAUGCCACCCGGCGCACCGGGUCGCACACACACCCCCGUGAUUCGCGAUAUAUAGCGGCCAAUCAACGGCGACCUCCAAGCGCGUGCCGGGUGGGCCCCUCGCCGGCCAAGCAGCGCAAGGAUAUUCCCAUCUUCGAGCUCUUAGAUACAACGCUUAUAAAGAACGCACUUUUUGCAUUAACCUCUUUUUUGUAUUACAGAACAAACAUUUUAACUUGCCCUUUUUUAAACUUUCUUUAUCUCUCCAGGACAGGCCAAUUGGAUAAAUUUUGCAAAGAUCAAACAGUAACACAAAUUUUAGCAACCUAA